AUGAUCAUUACUAGCGAUGAUUUGCAGGGAAUUUCCGCUCUUAAGACUUUUCUUAGCAAACAGUUUAAAAUGAAAGAUCUUGGUCGCCUCAAUUAUUUCCUAGGCAUUGAGGUCUCCUCCGACCAAUCGGGAUAUUAUCUGUCUCAGGCCAGUCUUGUAUACCUUACUGUUACUCAUCCUGAUAAUGCGUAUGCUGUUCAUAUUGUAAGUCAGUUCAUGUCUGCCCCUCGCACUACUCAUUAUGCUGUUGUGCUUCGUAUCAUCCGUUAUGUCAAGGGCACUUUGUUUCAUGGACUUCACUACUCUAAUUCUUCCUCUCUUCAGUUGAUCGCAUACUCUGAUGCUGAUUGGGCCGGUGAUCCUACUGAUAGACGCUCCACUACUGGUUAUUUCUUCUUUCUUGGAGAUUCUCUUAUAUCUUGGUGUAGUAAGAAGCAAACGGUUAUCUCUCGUUCCAGUACUGAAGCUGAAUAUCGAGCUCCUGCUAACACUACCUCUGAGCUGUUAUGUUUACGAUGCGCCAUACAAAUUGCCCACAAUGAUGUAUUCCAUGAGCGCACUAAGCAUAUUGAGACUGAUUGUCACUUUUUUCGUCAUCAUGUGCUCGAGGGUACUGUUCGCCUUGUUCCUGUCCCUUCCCAGGAUCAAUCUGCCGAUAUAUUUACCAAAGCUGACUCUCCUCUUCGCUUCCGUGCUCUAGUUAGCAAACUCCAGAUGAUUGACACAUUACCAUCUUGA